AUGACUCCCGUCACGCAGAGUCCACCCGUCGAGUUGUCGACCGACCCUCCCGUCGCACUCUCCUUGGCCUUGCCUCCAUUGUCUCCUACGGCAGACGGCACGCUUCAACACCACCACCUCACCACCACCGACGACGAGUCGUCGAGUCCUUGGCCAGUGAUCCGCAGCGUGUUCCGUGGUCAAAACAAUUUCAGCGAUCCGUUGAAUCGCGGGUGGAAUCCCUGGCGGCCCGGGAUAAGUUCCCGUCAGGACAAGUGCGGCGUCGAGUACGUAAAGAUGCACGGCCAGUACUUCCCUACCAGUGGUAGUGGUUUCUCAACAGGUCCCGUUGGCCAACAUGAUGGCCACGAGCUCGAGCAGCGCUGUGACACUGAACGACAAGGGGGCGGUCACGUUAACAAGGGUAACCACGUCGAAGCAAACGUAGCGACGAGCGUGUUGUGUGCCACCGAGUGCUGUUUACCUCACAGAGAACCCGAACCCAAAACAGUGUGCGUCGUCGUUUUGCGUAGUCUCCAACGUGAUCCGACCUUUCAACAAGAUGAGGUUUCCGCUUUCCUCGGUGCAUUUCGAGGCUGGAUUGGUAACGAGGUCGACCGGCUUUUCGAAUGGGCUGCUACGGCUGCUAAGGCACUGUGUAUGGCGAAUUGGCAAGGCAAAUCCCGGCUUUUGAAGAAAUUUGGCGCUACCGUUCGUCGUCUGGACAAAGCCUGCGGUCCAUUUGGUUGGACUGCAUGGAUCCUUUUCCCAUGUCAAACAUUGAUGCAGCGCCGGGAUCACUAUACACGGUACGCGAUUGGCCGAUCCAGAACUCUCGGUGACGCCGAAUCGUGUUUUCUGGUUUGGUUGUUCCACUGGCCCGCUCGACGAGUCAAACUGCAUCCGCGGCGAGCGAGUCGCUUUCGGCCGGAGCUUGUGCUGGAAAACGGCAAGCAACGUCGGUUUGACACCAUUGUGAUUGGAUCCGGAUCGGGAGGUUGCGCCUGCGCCAACCUGUUGGCCCAAUCUGGGCAGCGCGUCCUGAUUCUGGAGCAACACACCAAAACGGGGGGAUGUACCCAUUCCUUUCGCGAUCGCGGCUGUGAGUGGGACACCGGCUUACACUACACGUCGGCAGGAAUGGGGCGAUCGACCUGCCGACCGGGUGCCAUCAUGCAUUUUAUGACGCAAGGUCUGCAGAAGUGGACUCCACUACAGGAUCCCUACGAUGAAGUCAUCUUUCCUCCGGACGAUUUCGUUAAACUUGGCGUCCCGAACGAGUCGUCGUACCGCUUCGUGAGCGGUGCGGACGAGACAAUUCAAAGCGUUUUGGCCAGUAUUGACCCUGAACACCGGGAGCUCGAAAAAAGAGCAAGAUUAUACAUGGAUUUGUGCACAGAUAUUAACAGUGGCUUUACAGCACUCGGAAUCUCUCGGGUGUUGCCUUCGUGGAUGCACUUUCUCGUGCGGUCCAGGAUUGAUCGUCUCAUGAAGUUCGCAGCCAUGACUGUCCGAGAUGUACAAUACGGAAUGCUCAAUCUGGGGCUGACGAUAGAAGAGCUUCUCAAGGAUGGCUGCCCCCCGGCGCCUGCUGGAUCCGAACCAGAUCCUUCUAUUCGUCGCCUAAAGGCUGUCUUGACUCAUCCAAUUGGCGAUUACGCAGUGCAGCCACGUGAUGCGACCAUGGCGGCACACGGAGUUACUAUGGCGCACUAUCAAGAUGGAGCGUGCUACUGCGUUGGUCCGACGCAGCAAAUUUCGGUCCGAAGCUCUAGUAUGGUGCGAGAAUUUGGCGGUGAGGUAUUGACGGACGCGACCGUUCGAGAAAUUAUCCUCGAGCACGGACGCGCCGUUGGAGUUCGCGUGAGCAACACGUCGGCCUUGGCGGAAUGUAAAUCCGAUGCCGAGCGCGCCCAAGUGCCAGUGACCGAGCUCCGGGCGAAAGCGGUGGUAUGUGCGACUUCAGUAUACAAUUUAUACAAUAACUUGUUGCCUCAAGACCUUGCACAAGUAAAGGAGUUUCAAGAUCCGGAAAAACGAACCAUCCAACAGAGCAACGGUCAUAUUUUCCUCUUUUGCAAGAUCAAAGGGGACCCGACCGAGCUGAAGUUACCAGCCCACAAUCUGUGGUAUUUCAAUUCUUAUGACAUUGACGAUGCCUUUGAGGCCUACUUUACCGAUCCUGUUGGUCAGCGGCCCCCAACAGUCUAUAUUGGAUUCCCCUGCACAAAGGAUACAAGCUGGAAGCAGAGAUUUCCGGGAGUAAGCAAUUGCAUCCUCAUUUCAGAUGGUCUUUGGGAGUGGUUCGAGAAAUGGCAAGAUAAACCAGUGCACAAUAGGGGUUCCGACUACGAGGAGUUCAAGGAAAAGCUGAGCAAACAUCUGUUGGAAAUCCUCUUCGAGUUUGUACCAGAAGUGAAGGAUAAGAUUGAAUUCAGCUUUCUCGGAACUCCUUUGUCGGAGCAAACGUACCUGAACUCAUUUUGUGCUGGGAGCUACGGAACGAAGUGUCUUCCUUCUAUGUUUGCUAAAAGCAACCGCAGGUGGACAACAUCUCCUCACACAUCUAUUCCUGGUCUAUAUCUGGCGGGGUCGGACGCGUUUUUGCCUGCAGUUUGCGGUGCCAUGUACGGAGGCUGCUUUGGAGCAAUUGCAGUUCUGGGUCAUUUGCGAGCCCUGAAGCUGACCUUGGCGUUCAUUGCACACUUUGCUGGGUGUAUAACAGAUGAGGAUCCCAAAAUUGGCUGGAUCCAAGCUUAUAUUCUUGCCUGGAAAAAGUUUAUGAACGACUGACAUGUGAGUGCUAACAUAUUGAAGCAUGUUGUUUCUCUUUGCAGCUGCUGGUGGACAUUGACUCGAGUAGAUCAAUGGAAUAGAGCUAUCGUUAAUGUUAAUUCUGCUUUUUCACCUC